CGACCAGUCGCGAAGUCUCUCAACUGCACGCGAAGGUGCGGUUCUGCUCUACUUAUUAAACCCCCACAACGCCCCUCACUUUCCCGCAAAGAAUCCCGGCAACCAAACACUCGAUAACGAUCUUAAUCUGUGCAAACCGGAGAAGAUGAAUAUGAUGUGGAAUCAGGCGUAUCGGAAGAGUGAUCCGGAGGCCCAAGCAAGGCCGCUCUACCCUACGAUGCUCGAGAGCCCCGAGCUCCGGUGGUCCUUCAUCCGCAAAAUCUACGCGAUCGUUGCCAUGCAAUUACUCGCCACCAUCGCCAUCGGCGCCGUUGUCGUUUCGGUCCGGCCGGUGGCUCACUUCUUUGUCAGCACCGGCGCCGGCCUUGCUCUCUACAUUGUUCUCAUCAUCACGCCUUUCAUCGUGCUGUGCCCGCUGUACUACUACCACCAGAAGCAUCCGGUGAAUUAUCUUUUACUUGGAAUUUUUACCCUCUCACUGGCAUGUGUGGUCGGUUUGACUUGUGCAUUUACUAGCGGGAAGGUGAUUUUGGAGUCUGUUAUUCUAACGGCAGUGGUCGUAAUCGGUUUGACCUUGUACACAUUCUGGGCUGCAAAGAGAGGCCAUGACUUCAACUUUCUUGGUCCCUUCUUGGCUGGAGCUAUUUUGGUUCUCUUCGUAUUUGCUCUGAUUCAGAUUUUGUUCCCGUUGGGUAGGAUCUCCGUGAUGAUAUAUGGUUGCUUGGCGUCGCUCAUAUUUUGCGGGUACAUUGUGUACGACACGGACAACUUGAUCAAGCGAUACUCUUACGACGAGUACAUUUGGGCAGCAGUCGCUUUGUAUUUGGAUAUCAUCAACCUCUUCCUCGCGCUUCUCACCGUUUUCAGGGUUUCUGAUAGAUGAGAAUAAGUUCUUGAUUGCUUAGUCUCUUUUGUUGCCAAAUACGAUUACAUAUUGCUUAGGGUUACUUGUGAACGUCAUAAACAACUAAACCCUCUCAUUGUACAAUGAUAAAUAGCUGAUUUUCAUGGAAGAUUCCGUGUGUUUUGCGUCUUUCCUUUGUUACUUAUUUUAUUACAUUUCCGCCGAUCAGAUGACGUUCAGAUUCAAUAAUACAAUUUUAUAUGUUAGAAAA